AUGUCCUCCGAAUCUGCCCCGAUUGAGGCCUCGUCAUCAGGUGGGAGCAACUCCUCGUCCCACUACACUGCAAAAGACACCACGUUUACGAAGAUUUUUGUCGGAGGUUUACCCUAUCACACAACAGAUGCUAGUCUGCGGAAUUUUUUUGAAAGAUUCGGUGAAAUCGAAGAGGCGGUGGUGAUUACCGACCGACAAACAGGCAAGAGUCGCGGAUAUGGCUUCGUUACAAUGGCAAGGUAUGAAGACGCCAUCAACGCCAUAAUGGAUCCGAAUCCGUGCAUAGACGGUCGCAAAGCCAAUGUUAAUCUGGCUGUUUUGGGUGCCAAACCAAGAACCAUUGCUGGAGGCCGCGUGAGUCAUUCGAAGCGACCGGCUUCUGCGGGUGAGUUCGUUGCCAAGGCCUGCAGCUUAGCGCACACUCUGCGGACCACACACCCGCAUCUCGGUGCUUCCCCAAUGCUUGCAGAGUCGCUUGCGUCCACUUCCACCGUUCUGCUGGUCCUUCAAUGCCUUAUGCACUGCUCCCCCUGUCCUGUUGCUAGUUUGCCUGUGAAGCCCUCAUUGGUGUGCAUGACCCUCUCCAUCAGCUAUCCUUCACUGCUAAUCGUUGUCUUCGUUUUUUGCUUUAGUUACGAACACUGCGAAUCUUUUGGCAUUGGCAGGCGCUUUGCGACUACCCAUGCACCGACGACGGCGGCGUCGCUAUUCGGAGCCGGUCAGAUGAAUCCUGCCCUGCUAACAAAUUUUAUUGCUCUUAACGGAGCCGCCGCUGCCGCUGCUGCCACUUCUCGUCCACUGUUUCCGACCCCACCGGCGCCAUCUAACCCAGGAAGCCAGCUACCCCCGUCUCCGACCGAUUUUCCGCGUCACCAGAACCCCUACAUUAGCCAUCCGGCUUCGAUGCUGGGAGCUCCGAAUCCGUUUGCGCUCCCACAAUUUAUGUACAACGCAAAUCCCUGGCUUGAUGGGAGCCAGCACCACCAACCGUUUAAUCCUGCACCGAACCCGCUGACCGUCCCAACUGUUGGCGCCUUCCCUGGGACUUUCCCUACUGAGGUCGAUGGUCUGACCCGUGGUGCAUUUCAGCAGCAACACCACCAGCAGCAGCAACAACAGCAAUCGCAGUCCCAGCAACAGCAGAUAGCUGCACAAUUGAUGGCGGGGGAUGCGUUGACGAAGCAGACGUCUGUCGCACCUCCCGUGUGGCCAUCUGUCUUUCAACCUCAGGCGACGGCUCCUGUGGCUACCACCAGUGUCAUCAGCAACGCGCGGGCAUCGCCCGGUUUCGCCAUGGUCAGCGGAUCCGGGACCAGUGCAAUUGGCACUAAUGCGCAGGUGUUUGAGAAUGUUGGAGAUGUCACCGGCACUGCAGCUGCUGCCUCACAGCAGACACAACUUCGCAGCUUCAUUUGA